AUGGGAAAAUCCGCCUUCAUCACGGGUGCCAAUGGAAUCAGCGGCAGCGCAAUCCUGGAAUAUCUUGUUGCAAACACCACCUCUGAGCAAUGGAGCGAGAUCAUUGUCACUUCGAGAAGUCCCUUCAAAACUACUGUCUCGGACCCACGCAUCCGGUUUAUCGCCUUGGACUUUACUGAAUCCGCCUCCGAGCUUGCUGAGAAAAUGCGCGAUAUCUGCAAAUCGGUCACUCAUGGCUACUUCUGUUCCUACAUCCACAAAGAUACCUUUGAGGAGCUCAACGGCGCCAAUCGCAGCCUGUUCGAGAACUUCCUCGACUCGUUGAUCGAGGUCGCGCCUGCUCUGGAAAAUGUCACGUUGCAGACCGGAGGAAAGCAUUACAAUGUUCAUCUACAUCCAGUCAUGUCGCCUGCUCGCGAAGAGGACCCCCGGGUCAAGGAGACCAUAGACAACUUCUACUACCCGCAAGAGGACUAUCUCAUCUCGCGACAGAAGGGCUCGAAAUGGGUGUACAAUGUUGUGCGUCCCGAAGCAAUCAUUGGGUCCACCCAGAAACCAAAUGGCAUGAAUGAGGCUCUUACUAUUGCCCUCUACUUUUCCAUUUGCAAAGAACUCGGCGCAGAUGCUCCCAUGCCCACUAACCAACGAUACUGGAGUGGAGUCGACGACGUCUCUUAUGCCCCGCUCAUCGCUGACCUGACUAUAUUCGUGUCCACCAACCCUCGAUGUGGCAACGAAGCAUUUAAUGUGACCAACGGAGACUACUUCACUUGGCGUUACAUGUGGCCACGCCUUGCCGCUUACUUUGGCGUCAACGGUACGUCUGAUCAGGUCUUCAAGAAGGACGUUCCCAAGGAAGGUGACGUCCAGCUUGACUUCAGUCUGGGCGAGUGGUCAGUCGACAAGAAACAGGUGUGGGAUGCACUCUGCGACAAGAAGGGUGUCCCAGGCGCCAAGUCCACCUUUGAAUUUGGAACAUGGCACUUCCAGGACUGGGUCUUCCAAAGAACAUGGAGUGCUACUCUAAGCAUUAACAAGGCUCGUAAAUUUGGCUGGACUGGACACAUCGAUUCUUACCAGAGUUUCGUUGAGACCUUUGAUCGAUUCCGAGCAUACGGCAUGGUUCCCUGA